CUCCUCACUCACCAGCCCCCGGGAGUUCUGCCCGAGAGCGACGCUUAAUAAAAGGCCUUUACCACCGGUCCUUAGAGGCGGCUUUUUUCCUCCCGCGGCGUUUUUCCUAACAUCUGGCACCCCAACGUGAGGCCCGAGGUGAGGGCCCCCGGCACUCGCCGUUGAGGCCCCCUCGAGCUCCACCGCCGCGGAAGCCUUGGACCCAGGCGGCUGACCAACCCCCCGGACGGCAGGAUACGGAGUAAGUCCCUUCGGCUUUGGGGCCUGCCCUCCCUGGCGAUCACCUCCUAGGGCUCCGUAACCAGUGCGCACUUACUGGGCCCUCCCGGUCACCAGCUGGUGGGGAGACGUCCCCAGCGGCUGAGUAGACCUCCGGCUUCGGCCUCCGGCUUCAGCCUUUCCGGGUCCCUGCGGUCGUGAGGAAGACGUUCCCCGCGACUACACGGACCUCCGGCUCCCCUUGACUCAUCCGAAGACGUUCGGACAGCGGGGGUUGCCUCCACACCCCGUGGUCGCCAUGGGAUUGACAGCCUCCAAACCCGAUCCCCAAUACUCCACCCCCUUAGAGUGCCUGCUGGCUAACCUGCAGACUCUAGGGCUAAAGAGAGAUAUCCGCCCCCAGCAGCUCACUUUUCUGUGCUCACAGGCCUGGCCUCAGUAUUCCCUAGAUAAUGGGUCACAAUGGCCAGCCACAGGGACACUAGACUUUGACGUCCUCCGUGAUUUGGAUAAUUACUGCCGGAGAACGGGAAAAUGGUCUGAGGUCCCCUAUGUUCAGGCCUUUUGGGCGUUGCGCUCUCGCCCCUCCCCCUCCUCUCCGGCCCCUCCUAACCUCUCCCCCUCUAACCCUACUCCGGCCUCUUUUGCUCCUGUUCCCGCCCCUGAGGCUUCACCGCCGGCCCCAGAUCCUUCGGCCAUUAACCCUAUCUUGUAUCCUCCCCUUCCCCCCGUCACUCCCUUCUCCUCUCCGGUUAGCUCCCACACUCGCUCCCAUAGCAACCCUCCAGGGGCCUCCCCUCCCCCUCCCCCAGCCCCGCUACUCCCUCUGCAACAAGUAGCCGGAGCUGAGGGUCUAGCCCAGGUUGCCUCCCCUCCCCCUCCUCCGGCCCCGCUACUUCCCCUGCGACAAGUAGCCGGAGCCGAGGGUCUAGCCCAGGUCCACGUCCCCUUCUCUCUCCAGGACUUAGCACAGAUCGAGGCCAAGCUGGGAUCCUUUUCCUCCAACCCCACUCAGUACAUUAAGCAGUUUACUGGUCUGACCCGCACCUAUGCCUUAACAUGGCAGGACAUAUAUGUCAUCCUGGGGUCUACCACCACCCCCGAAGAGAGGCAGGCCAUUUGGACGGCAGCCAGGGCUCAGGCCGACCAGCGGCACUGUGCCAACCCCUCCCCCGAGCACCCCCCGGGAGCUCAGGCAGUUCCUGACACCGACCCUGAUUGGAACUACCAGGAAGGGGGUGGCGGCCAGCUGCGGGUACGCUAUAUGAUAGAGUGUCUCCUCAAUGGGAUGGAAACGUCCUCUCAUAAGGUUGUAAACCUCCUCAAACUAGAUGAGGUGACUCAGGGGCCCGAUGAAAACCCAGCCAUGUUUCUUAAUCGGCUGACUGAGGCCCUUGUUCAAUACACCAGACUGUCCCCUGAGUCCCCCACUGGGGCAGCUACCUUGGCCAAUCAUUUUAUCUCCCAAUCCGCACCUGACAUCCGAAAAAAGCUGGCCAAGGCCGAAGAUGGCCCUCAGACCCCUAUUCGAGACCUGGUAAAAAUGGCCUUUAAAGUUUAUAACGCCCGUGAAGAAACUGCUGAGGCCAGCCAAAAGGCAAGGCUCAAGCAAGAGGCCGAAUUUCAGGCAAGCCUCCUAAACCAACAAACCCAGGCCUUAAUAGCGGCCCUGCGGCUGGCGGCAGGCUCGGGGUCCCAAAACCCCCCUCCGGGGGCCUGCUCCAAGUGCGGCCAAGAAGGACACUGGGCCAAGAUGUGCCCCAAUCCGCGGCCUCCUUCCAAACCGUGCCAGUUGUGCAAACAGCGAGGACACUGGGCUAGUGACUGUCCCCAGGCCUCUCGGGCCCCGACCUCUAGGGGCCGGGGACCAGAGCACCCCAGGGAGACCUCCUGCCCUCCUCCGGCCUUCGAGCUGCUGAGCUUCGACGAUGGCUGACAUCGCCCAGACUCGGGAACCCCGAUAACCCAAGCCAAGCCCAGAUCCAGAUCUCCCAGCAGGUGGCUACGGCCCUGGACAUCGACUGGCAUCUCCACAUCCCCUAUCGGCCCCAACCGCCAGGCCUGGAACAAAGGCGCAGACAGCUCCAAGAAAGCCCCCUCCGGACCGGACUCAAUGGUUUACUCCCAUACCUCUUGCCCUUUCUAGGCCCUAUACUCCUGCUGGUUCUGGGCCUCACCACAGGCCCCUGCCUCGUCCAACUUAUUCUUCGCUGGGUCCAAAAAAAUCGCGCAGGCUGCGACCGGACGGGCCAUGCUCCUAACAGCUUACACUCGACUCAAUCAAAAAGACAUAGACCCACUUCACAAUCCUGCAUAAGCUGACCUUUCGUCCCAGCUGGCCCCUACCCCUCGUCGCCCCCGUUCAGCAGGAAAUAGCCAGAGAGAACCGGCGCCCCUUGUCCUAUAACAAAAAGGCCGGGAUGAAAGGUCGGAGCAUGCCCCGGGAAAGUGCUGCAAGGCAAAUUCCGGAGGCUGGCUAAACUUCCAGGGGCUGGCCCCCUGCAGCCUGGCCCAAUCAGGUACCAACAUAAAGCCCUCGGACACUGACCACCACUGUAGCCCGCGCUUUCUUCCUUAUGUGAAAAGACCUGGCCUGGAUGCCUGCCCGGACUAUAAAACCCCUCCCCACCCCUCAUACCUUGCAGACUCCCUUUGUCUCCUCACUCACCAGCCCCCGGGAGUUCUGCCCGAGAGCGACGCUUAA